AUGCCACGCUCCACUGGACUGGAUGUGCUGCCUGCCUCUGCCCUUCUGAGAGACCUCCUGCGUUGGCAGCAACAGCAGCAACAGCGCCAGAGCGGCUUGCCUGCGGAGGGGGAGCUGCCUGAAGCGCAGAGGACUGUGGAGGCUUCCCACCUUGUGUUCCCUUGUGCCAUGCGUGACGCAAUAGCGGCGGUUUGGCAGUGCGCAAGUGCCGGUUACCGAUAUGCGAAGCCUUGCAUAGAGGCUGCUCGCUUUUUAGAUGCCUUAGCUACUCAGAGUGCCGAUACGGCACAUGCAGAGAAACCGCAAAUGGUAGCGCCCCUAGCAGAUCUCCUAGGUCGGAGUAGCGGCGGCAGCGCAUUGCCAGCGCCUUUGGAUGGGGAGAAAGCCGCGAAGAGUGGCUCUCCGGAAUACCGGGUGGCUCUUUCGAAGCGGCUACCCAAAGCGCCAGCUCACACGGAGGCUGCUGCCUCCUGCGCGGUCAGCCUUGGGCAGGAGAGCGACUCGUUUGGAGAGGCUGCAGAAGAGGAAGUGCCUCUUGCUCACCCCGGGAGCGAAGAGGCCUCUCCGACUCCGUGUCGCGGCAGUGGAGAAGAAGUACAGCGCCUCUCGAAAAUCUGCGAACUUCAGCGCCCGCAAAAGGUCGUUGAAGAGAGCUUUCUCGGAAGCCAUAAGGGAGGCUUGACUGCGGAUGUGAGCUUGAGCACCUGCGCCGACGAGGAGCUGUACGGAGCAGAAAGUUUCUCGCUUUUUGAGAUUCCGGAGGGGGGGGAAACAGGGGGCCCCCCCCCCUUGGGCCCCCGGAAAGAAGACGGUGUGGAGGGGCCCCUCCCGUCGUGGUGGACGCGCGUUGGUGCUCUCGCCGCCUCCUCGCGUCUUCACCAGCACGCGGAAGGGAGCCUUCGUAGUGCGUCGCAUUGUGACGGUACGGCUGCUGAAGGGGAAGCGGCCGAAGGCGAAGCUUGGCUUGCCCAGGCACUGUCGUUCUCUGGCGAAGCGCAGGAUGCAGACGCGCCACGAACUGCGCCGUCCGAAGCUGCGAAGGAAGGAGGAGGGCGACAGCCAGCCUCAAGACUCAGGAAUUCCCUGCAGCCAAGACUUUCUGCACCAGCCGCCUUGAAGUUGCUGCAGCACUUUGGGCUGCAGCUGCAACAGCACCAGCGGCUGUUGCAGCAUCGACUGCGGGCUGCAGAGCCAGACUGUCUUGCGUACGCGGUGGGCAGCAACCAAGAAGGCGGAGCAGAUCCAGAGGCAGAGGACGGCCUCUCAGGGAGCCUUGAGGGCUGCAACACAGAGCAGCUCAUAGCUCCGGAGGUGCUGCCCCUCUUCGUUUCCGCCGCUUCUCUGGAAGAAGAGGAAAGAAAGGCUUCUGACGCUCUCGCUGCCGCCGAGGCAGCAGCGGCUCAAAGCGCAAAAGCCCUCCAGCAGCAGCAGCAUGGUCGUAUUGCGUCUGUGACAGCGCCUUGCAGUGAAUCCUGCAGCCUUCUUGUGAGGCUCCAGCCGUGGGGUUUGCUGUUGCCUGUUGGUGCCGCAGGUGAUGGCUGCAGCACCCGAACGCAGGCGCCAGCUGCUAGAGCAGCUGAAGCACAGGCAGCAGCUGCUGCAUCAUCUGCGCUGUUUGCUGGAGAGGGAAAAUGCUAG